AUGGACUUCGAUAUCGAGGACUCUGAACAUGCUGAUAGUGUCCAUAAUGAUGACUCGACCUCUGUUCUGUUCAACGCCAACGAUAGAGUCGAUCUGCAGCUCCAGCAGUGUCGGAGGGACGAAACUCCGUCGAAGCCACCCCCUGUACGCGAGCCCGCCAACAAGAACGGUACGAAAGCUACUCAUAAAAAAGUCGUCGUCCAAGUACCCGAGCAUAAUCAGAAACGUGAACGGACAAGCUCUCCAAUAACUGAGCCGAUGCAAACCCACCAUCAGGCACAGGAAGAUCUGGCACGCCUCCAGGGGUACGCAAAGGAGCACUUGGAGGAGUUCCGGGACAACCAGGCCCAUCCGGAGUUGGGUAGCACUUCGCGAUCUGUGGCACAGCCGACCGCAGCAGUGUCGAAAGUUGCAGAGUCACAAGAUUCCUCUGAGGACGAGCAACCGCAACCCCGGCCUCAAACUCAAGGCACGACCGCGAAGAAACGAUCUCUGGAACAAAUCGACUACGACCACGAGAAACUCGCGACAAUGGCAUACGCCGAUCUAGACGCUACCCCCUUUCUGUCUGAUCCUCGCACUCCUGCGCCCAAAGCAGCCGUGAACUCUACCGGAAACCCUAUCAACCUCGCUUCACGCCUUGCCAGCCUCAAUCAGAUGAAUGCUGAGACCCAGAAAGCCCUGUUCCGCUCUCUCACGGAUGCCGAGAAUGUAGAGGUCGGCCAAUGGUUUGUAGAAAAGUUUGGCGAUAGCUUGAAGACCCUGAUGGAGCAACGAUUGGCGAGGAGGAAAGUGGCGUUGAGGUAUGAGUUGGAGGCGAAGAAACGGCAGAGACAGGUGGAGCUCAGAAGCGCCGAUCUGGACGGGGAGCUGAGUGAGCUGAGGAAGGGUGGGAAUCAGUUGAUUGAGGGCCGAGCGAGUCCGCGGCCUAAAGCUGCGUAG